AUCCGUAUUACGGAUAUGAGUUGCGCGAGCUUUCGUAUCGUGGUCAGACACGGGUGGAAAAGCGGCGCGGAGAAUGCGGAUCAAUACUUCAAUCCUGAACGAGCACAGCGCCGCUUCCGUUUGGAGAACAACGCGUGUGCAAGAACCCGAGUAUUUGCUGCGUCUCCGCAAUCUUCUUCGCGAUUCCCUCUUGUGAUUGUCCCACGAUUUUUGAUAUCUCAAACGAUGUACUGGUUCCUAAUUUCCAUGGCCGUUGCGGUUCAAGCAUCGAUACACUUGCGACCACCACUUAAGGAUGAACAGUUGCUCACCGACACUCUUCUCCGAGAAUUAAUUAAUCAAAUGGGAAACGAUUUAGUUGACACAGGCGAUUCCUAUUUGGAAUAUCAAGAUAAAGCGAAAGAAAUUCCUAUCGAAAUUCCCGAUUACGAUGGCAUCGACACAUUGAAUCCGAAUCCUAGCAUUCGCGAUCAGGAGUAUUUGCAGCAUAGCAGUUUGUGGAGUCAUCAACACCUAAACAAUGAUGAUAAUGCAGGUGGUAGACAAAGAAUUAAGCCUGGAAGCAUAAAGAACAUCAAGGACGAGAAGGAGAGUACUCUGCCCGCAUAUUGCACGCCGCCGAAUCCUUGCCCCGUAGGAUACACAAGUGAAAAUAAUUGCAUCAUAGAUUUCGAGAAUACGGCAUCGUUUAGCAGAGAUUAUCAAAACGCCCAGGACUGUAUGUGUGAUAAAGAACAUAUGUUAGACUGUUCGGAAUCCACAAAUAGGAAUAGUCUGCCAAGCAUGCAUAUUCCGAAUUCCAAUUUCAAUCAAAUUGUUGAUCAAUUCCAAGCUAAUGAUAAUCCGUUCUUCCAAGGCGAGAAGCUGCCGAUAGCGGCGAAGAAAGGCCUCAACGUGUACUAAAAACAUGAUCGGAAGAUAUAUACAUAUCUAUGUAAAAGAAGGACAAGCAUUAAUUGAAAUCCAUGCUCUAGUAGCAUGUAAUCCUGUAAAGAGACCGCAUAAAUGGCAGACGAACUCAUAACAGGGAAAAAAGAUUUAAAUAAUCUGAGAGACCUGGUGCUAGACAUGUUUUAACAUGGUACGUAUCACUAAUAAAAUCAGUGUGCUUAUAUUAAACUAUUAAAUACUUUAUAAAUAUCUUACGUCACAUUUUUUUAAGAAUACUUAGGUAUUCUGUUAUGAAGGAUCAAGUGUAAAAUUUUAACAGUUGUAUUAAUUAUUGCACUAAAAUAUUUUAUUGUUUAAUACGUUAUUGCUGCGUCGUAAAAUGCUAAGUACAUGCAUAUUAACAGGGAAUGGUUUAUCGAACUUUUAUGUAUACAUAGAACUUAUUUUCCCCUGAUAACGUAGGUAUGAAUUACAUGUGGAAUGAUAAGAUUUUUAUAGAUCUGUUGCGUUUAUCGAUUAUACACAUUUUGUUUUUAUAGCGAUAGAGUAUCAACCUUAAUUUUUAUUAUGUACGAACCAGUAUUUUCUUGACCAAGAAUGUUGUCAACUGAUAUACUGUAUUUAUUACUCGCAUACAAAAAAUGGAUAUAUUGUGAUCAAUGUAAUAACCAUCACUAUUUUUGUUAUGUAGACAUCAGUAUUUUAUUGUGCAGAAAUAUAUAUAUACAUGUUUUAAAACGA